CACCCAGAUCUUCAUACAGUAAACAGUCUUGUUUCAACAAUGGCAUUCAAAUUUGUUCUACUGGCUACUCUGGUAGUAGCCGCUAGCGCUGGUCUGCUCCCCGUGGCGCAACACGGAUCGAUCGCCACAUCGCACUCCACCAUCCAGCAUCAUGCUGCCCCAGCUGUCCACCAUAUCGGAUCCAUCCAUUCCGCUCCAGCUUACUACCAGCACUCUGCUCCAGCCAUCGUCAAGACCAUCGCUCAACCAACGAUCAUCAAGUCCGUAGAGCACCAUGCACCGGCUAACUACGAGUUCUCGUACUCCGUGCAUGACGAACAUACCGGAGACAUCAAGAGUCAGCACGAGACCCGCCACGGUGAUGAGGUGCACGGACAGUACUCGUUGUUGGACUCCGAUGGCCAUCAUCGCGUUGUCGACUACCAUGCCGAUCAUCACUCCGGAUUCAACGCCGUUGUGCGUCGUGAGCCAUCGGCAGUGAAGAUCGCCCAGCCUGUCCACAAGGUGAUCGCUCAGCCCGUGCACGUGUCCAGCUAUGCCCAUGCUCCGGUAGCACACUCUACCAUCCAGCAUCACCAUGCUGCUCCGAUCGCACACUACGCCGCCCCGAUCUCGCACUACGCCGCCCCUAUUGCGCAUCACGCUGCUCCGAUUGCGCAUUCCACCUCCAGCAUUGUUCAUGGACCGAGCCAUCUGAGCCAUCAUCAUUAUUAA